CAGCGAUCUUUCUACUUCCGAGAAAAUGGCGGCGGCGUGGGGAGCUACUUUGGUCGCUCUUGUCCGCAAUUGCGGGAGGCGCGGGGUGCUCGUGCUUGGCAGCUUCCGGGGACUCAGACGCUGGACGAGCCCUUGGCUCGCAACCGCCUCCCUGCUCGGUGGGGGCGCCUUGGUGGGGUCCUGCAGACGAUGGAGCGGGCAGGAGGGGACCGGCGGCUUCUUCCUGGUCCUGGCGCAAAAGGAAGAUGUUGUGGAUGAAGAGAUGGCAGAGAAGCUUUCCAUUCGAAAGCAACGUUUUAUGCAAUUUGCUUCUUUGGAAUAUGAAGGAGAAUAUUACAUGACUCCAAGAGACUUCCUGUUCUCAGUUAUGUUUGACAAAUCAGAGCGUAAAACUUUGGCCAAGAAACUGACAAAAAAGGAAGUAGAUUCUACCCUAGCAAAUGUUGCGAAGGCUAGACCAGGACCAACCUUUUUUAGAGAUCUUGGAGACAGAGGAUUGAUUUCCUACACAGAGUAUCUGUUUUUGCUGACGAUACUCACAAAACCACAGACUGGAUUUCGUAUUGCUUUUAAAAUGUUGGAUGCAGAUGGCAAUGAACAAGUAGAGAAAAAAGAAUUCUUUAAGCUUCAGAAAAUAAUUGGAAAGCAAGAUGAGUUUAAAACAGCUUCAGGAGAUGACAUCCUGUCUCAGGAAUCAGAAAUGGAAGGUGCUGAUAUCAACACCAUGUUACUGGUCCACUUUUUUGGAAAAGGAGGAAAAGAUAAACUUCAGUAUUCGGAAUUCCAAAGAUUUAUGCAGGAUUUACAAGCAGAAGUACAAGAAAUGGAAUUCAAUCAGUUUUCCAAAGGUCUGACCUUCAUGAGAAAGGAAGAUUUUGUAGAGUGGUUGCUGUAUUUCACUGAUGAAGAAAAUAAUGAAAUUUAUUGGCAAAAUGUGAAAAAGAGAAUCCAAGCAGGAGAGAGUAUCAGCAUGGAUGAAUUUAAGACUUUCUGCCAAUUUACAAAUCAUUUAGAAGAUUUUUCAAUUGCCCUGAAAAUGUUUACUGUAGCCAGCCGUCCUGUUAAACGGGCGGAAUUCAAGAGAGCUGUGAAAGUGGCUACAGGACAGGAGCUCUCAGAUAAUGUUUUGGACACCAUCUUCAAGAUCUUUGAUUUAGAUGGAGAUAAUUGCCUCAGCCAUGCAGAGUUCCUUGGAGUUCUCAAAAACAGGAUGCAUCGUGGAUUAAGGGUGCCUCAGCAACAAGGAGUCCAAGGUUACUGGAAAUGUGUGAAACGAGAAACCAUUAAAGGAGCAAAAGAAGUUUGGAAGCAAACCGGGAAGAGUCCUUUUUAAAUGUAUUCGAGUUUGCAUCUUUCACUGUAAGCUGGAAAUACCAAAAUGUUUACAUAAGCUGGAAGAGUGUCAAUUGCACAAGUGUAGAAAGAUUAGAGGCUAAACACAAUGAAAUCAUUAAAGAAAAUGAAUGUUAGCAUAUAUAGGUAUUGUAUAUUGAUUUACUUACUGUCAAGUUCCAUCAGAUUCAUUUUAAAUUCCUGACAGCUCUCUGUAAUAAUUGCUUGACUUGAGAUAUGAAUGAAUAUUAAUAGCAUAUUGUACUUCUAGUAUAGUAUAUUGGUUAAAGGCUCGACUAGGAGCAAGGAAGUCCUCAUUCAGUUUUAAAGUUUACUGGGCAACUUUGGGCCAAUCACUUUUACCCAAGCCAGCCAUUUUCAUAGGAGAGUUGCAGUGUUGUUAAAAUGACGGAGGAUUCAUCACCUCUCAGAGCAAAGAGAGGAACAUACAUGUUGACGUGACUGUUUUUCAUUCCAGUAAUUUUCCUGAGGCUGGUCAUGAAAAAUUCAUUUUUAAAAGCAUGCAUCUACAUUAGUUAUGUUUUCUGCCUGACUGCCACAGAAUAAAGUUUAGUUUUCAAACAUGGCUGCCUUUAGAGAUUAAUCAAGCAAGGAGUGAGUUAUUGCUGUAUCUUUUUGCUACUACAGUCCAGAUAUUGUAGUUUUAAUUUUUUUUACCCAAACAUUUCUCUAUGCAAUAGAUUGCAUAUUAGAUUCUCCCCACAAAUACUAUACUAUACUAAUACUAUACUGUGAUUACUAUGAUUAAAAACAUAACAAAAAAUUGUACCAAAGUGCAUGGCUAAAUGCCAAUGGAGAUUCUCAAUCACCCAGUCCAUAAUUUGGGACAACCAUAAUCUGGAUGAAUGAGAAUCUCCAUAGACAUACUAGAUAUUGUUCACCAGAAAUAUUUAGAUUUCUAGAUAAUUGGUUCUGUAACAUCAAAUCAUUAUUCUAUACUUGGAUCUUAGGAACUCCACUGGGGUCAUUCAAACAAUGUUCUUUAUUCAAACAGUUAAAUAUUUUGGUUAUGGGAACCUUGAAGAGUAAACACUUCAGAAAUUUGAAUGCAUUCAAGUUAAAUCCUAAGAUAAUUGUUCCUGGCGGUGAAUGUCUUAAAUCAUUCUAAAGGAAUUGGAAAAUAUUAAAGUGGACUGGCAGCUGAAAUGGAUGCAAAAAACAUUCUUGGACUCUACUGUGUUUCCCCAAAAGUAAGACCUGGUCUUACUUUCUUUUGGGCUCUGAAGUAAGCACUAGGAUUUAUUUUCGGGGAGGGCUUACUUUUUAUUGGUACCGGUAGGCUACAAGCAUGCGAGGGUGGAGCAGGGCUUGUGCAGGGGGUAGAGAAGCAACAUGACGGUGAGAGCGUUUGUGGGGGGAGGGGAAAGGUUAAUCAAUUCCAACUUCUUGCAAAAAAAAAUUGCGUGAAGUUAGAAUUGAUUGACCUGUUUCCCCACACACACACACACACACACACACACAAACUUAC